AUGGAGGACUAUACUUCUUUCACUCUUUUCUCUUUGUUGCCUACCGAGUUGAGGCUUCACAUAUGGCGACACACCUGCCAUCCAAGAGUCGUCGAAGUCUCAUAUGACAAUCAAGAAGACCGAUGUACAACGUUGACAGCCCCUCCAGCCGUCCUUCAUGUUUGCCGAGAGUCACGAUUUGAAGCCUUGAGGAUAUACAAGCCAUCCUUUGGUACCCAGUCCCACGAACCAAGGAUAUACUUCUGCCAUGAACUAGAUACUCUUUACCUACCCCGUCCUCCCUUCAUGGGCUAUGAUGAUGCCUUACGAUCAUUUACGGAACUUGUCCCGGGCACUGAUGAUAUUGUCAACCUCGCAAUCGACUACGUUAGGCCUGAUAUUAGACGACCAUGGGAAACCUACAACAAAUACGCCCUAAUGCAUAGUUUUCCAAAAGCGAAGGAGGUCUACUUGGUAUUAGACGGUGACACCUCGGCGGAACACGACACUUACGAUAUUCACCACCCUCAUCACAUCCACGAAGAUCAUGAAGACAUAGGGUUAGUCGAUCCGACAGGCGACAUAAUGGCACUUUGUCGUCUACUAUCCGACGUCAAGGAAUCGUUCUUCUACGAGGUCGGCACUAAUUACACGAUCGACGAAACGAAAGAAGAAUUCUUCGAGCAACCCCUCCUACCGCCGCUUGUACUCAAGUCGAAAGUCAUAUCAUCACAUUAG